GGAAUUUUAAAUCUCAAUUCAAUUCAUGCCCUCGCUCUUUUAGACUAUCUAUGUCAAUACCCAAAGUCUGCCUGUUGACUUGGUUGUGCAAAUCUGGAUUUAAAUUUCUUUCCAAUUGGAACUUACUCAGAGUUGGGAUUUUGGACCAUAUUUACAACUCUUCCCUACAGAAAUGAAACUUCCAAGUAACUUCACCCAACCCACCAACAAUUCCAAACAACCACACACAUAUAUAGCUCAUUUUUCUAACCCCUAGCCACAGUUCAAAAUCUCAAUAUGAAUUUUCCAUAUUCCAUCACAAACUGGACCAUGCCCCAUUUCUUUAUUAAUUUCCAAAACACAGAGUAAAAUCAACGGAAAGAAUCAACCUUUCUUUUCCUCUUCUUUCCUUCAUUUUUCCUUCCACAAACCAUAUUUAUAUCCCUCCACUUAUUUCCCAUUUCAUUUCUCUCAACCCUUCACUUCCCAAGAUUCCUCUUCCACAAAAGUACCCCAUAUAUAUAUGUAUCUCUAUAUAUAUAUAUAUAUAUGCCUUUGGACUGCAAUUGAAGUUGUAUCAACUAUAUUUUACUGUAAUUCUCUGGAAUAUCAAAAGCGCAACACAACUGAUAUCAUAAUUUAGAACCUUGCUAACUACCUUAUAGCAAGUGAUGUAUCACAGUUUAGAAAUCACCAUUUUGAAUGCCGAAAACCUCCACAUGAAUAAAAAUUUGAUAAAGAAAAAUGCAUUUGUUUCUCUUCAGUUUGAUUCAAGUAAUGAAAUUUGUUACUCCACCAAAGAAAUUUCAGAAGAAUGUGGUGGUGUAAGCUGCCCUUCAUGGAAUGAGAAGUUUAUAAUAGAGGUUCCAUUGAAUGCAAUGUUUAUAAUAGCUGAUGUGAAAUGCAAAUCAUCAUGGGGGAAUAUUAGGAGUGUUGGAAUGGCAAGAAUACCAGUGUCGGAUUUGUAUGUGCAAGAUCAAGUGCAAUUUUUGAGUUAUAGGCUAUGGGAUAAUAAGGUUAGGAGAAAUGGUGUUAUCAAUAUUUCAGUGAGGGUAAAAGGGCUGGAAAAUUCUUCUCCAGCAACCGGAAUUCCGGUGGUCGAAGAUGUUCCACUGCUGUUGUAACUGGGAUUCCAAUUUGGAUAAGCAAUCUUUGAAGGGAUUGUUAUUUGUUUGUUACAAUGUACAAAAAAUGGAGCAACAAAGAAAAAGUGAACAUGUAUAUUCUGCUAUGUGCUAAGAUGAUAAUUUCUAACCAAAAAAUAUACAGCAAUAAGAUUAUGAUAAUAUUUUUCUACUUCAAAACAUAGAAGAAACUAUAUCUUGCUUUGGAAACAUUAAAACAAACAUGCACUAAAUCAAGUAUUCAUUAUUUACCAUAUAAAGUGUCUCAAACAUUAUAUUUUGCAACUGUGAAAUUACAAGACAAACAUUAUUUGUACACGGGGAUUAUAAUAUUUUCAUGCUACCUUUAUGACCUUGCAAUUUAAGAGAUAUACAGUAAUAAUAAACAAUAGGUGUGACCUUGAGCAAGAAAUCUAAUUCCUGUUGUAGGUGAUCCCUAUCUAGUCAAGUUAUGAGCUAUAAGAUGAAAAGACUCAAAUUAUUCAUAUAUACCCAUGGAAACAAAUUGUUCCCAAUAUGGUUAGUUGGAAACCGCAGGUCAUAGACAACAGGAUGAACCAAGUUGAAUUACUGAUAAAAACUAGAGAUGGAAAAAUCAAAUCAAUCUCUAACAUGUAGCGGCGACAGAAUUAGAAACAAAUUUCAUUUUUUCCGUCUUGAAUUUUUGUCGGUAAUUCUAGUAGUGUGCUUGCAAUGUGAA